GCUCCUCCCCACGUGUCUGUGUGGAGCGGAGUCAACAUGGUCCUUAUACCGACUCAAUCCACUAGCUGAGUUUGUCACUCCUGCUAUAGACCUCUACGCACCUCAUCCAUGGACCGUGUCCCUCACGGAUGAGAUAGCCAAAACUGUUCUUUAAAGUGUGCAGGUGAGAGCUGGGUGAAUUUAAGAAGCUGUCUAGACAAAAAAGGAGGAGUUAUUUCAGGCCUCUUCUUACCUUUAGUGUGUUAUUUUGACUGGCAUGUGUUGCUAGCUUACUAAUGCUAAGCUACGCUUCCUUGCUAGGUAAUGCACCACCGGCUACUCCUCUAGGUUCGCAGACUAGCUCGGCUGUUUUGGUCUGUUUGUAAAGAAAACGAUAGGAAUUAUUCAGUUAAUUGUUUCUGAAUAACUUUGACGUGUUUAAAUUUACUCAACAAAGCAGAAUCAUCUUUGUAGAGCAGGCCGCUGACAACUUGCAUGAAGGUUUGGUGCUAGCAGGCUAAUGAAGCUAACGUGUCCAGUUAUGUGACAUUUUUCAUUGAUAAAUCGCCUGUUUGAGGCGUUCAGGUAACACUCAUCAGCUUUAUGUGAAGAUUAUUCCUAUAUGUUUACAUGAGGAUCAUAUAAUUAACAUGUGGAUUACACUGUCUUACAUCAUGUUGGUUGUACUUGAUUGUGUCAAUGAUAAUAUCACAUGAUAAAGUGAAUGUUUAUACUCUGGCACUUGUAAUUAUUUGUCUUCUGUUUUGGUUUGGAUGUCAGAAUAAGUUAGUACUGUCUCAGGUUUUCUUAUAUUGGAUAAUUGUGUUUAACUCUCCUGUUGUCCUAAUGUGAUGUUGAUGAUGAUGAUGAAUCACAUUGCAGUCAUCAGACCUCUUUGUUAACAGGUCUGGGUGUAACUCUGAAUGUAUGUGCAGCUCUAAUAAUGAAUAUCUGUAACCCGGCGUGUCUUUGAUUCCAGGUUAGAUCUCUGAGAUCUGCUGCAGUCCCCCCUCUGUUUCAUCUCUCAUCCCCUCCUCGCUCUGUCUGCAUCAACAUGGCAAGCGGGGAUGAUGAUGACCCCAUUAUAGAAGAGGUGCGUCCAUACCUCAAGCUUAAAGAUAUGUGCCAGUGAAACACUUAUAGAUCUGACUUUUCUCUCCUUAGAUUUACAUAGUUGUCAAACAUCCAAAACCAACCAGCAGCAGCAUUCAAAGGUAUAUUCCAGCAUAAAAUUAAUUUAGGGUCAAACACACCGUACACCAAGUUAGACACCCCCUCGAGAGAUAAAUGUUGCCGAACGUUUGCUUCUCUAGUUAUACCAACUUUAGUAACGACCGCAGGAUAGAAAUACACAGCGGUCUAAAAAAGCAUAAACAAACCUCAACCAGAACGCCACUCUUAACAGCACCUAACUUUAUCAACAGCACAUAUAGAGUCCCAGCCACAGCAUUAGCCACCAAACAUCUCUUUAACUUUGCCUAAUUUCUUUAGCAAAGAGACUAAUCACAACUCAGCUACUCUCUUCCAGCAGCCGCUUGUUUGUAGCGAGACCUUGACCAGUGACGCAGUGACAGCGGGGUGACGCAGCUCAAGAAAGAACAUUUAUGAUCAUUACUUCAUGGAAAUGCAAUCAAGCAGAAGAACUACCGCGUCUGCAGAGCAAAAUGAUAAAUAUGGUGAUUCUUACUUCAAGAAAAUGAUAAAGAAAUGAUCAUAAAUGUUCUUCCUUGAGCUGCGGCACCCCACAGCAGUCGAUGGACUCGCCCAGAGGUCUCGCUACAAACAAGCGGCUGCUGGAAGAGAGUAGGUGAGUUGUGUUUAGUCUCUUUGCUAAAGAAACCAGGCAAAUUUGAAAAGAUGUUUGGUGGCUGGGUCCCUAUAUGUACUGUCGAUGAAGUUAGGUGCUGUUCUGAGCAUUAUUUGUGGCGUUUUGGUUGAGGUUUGUUUACGGCUCCUCAGACCGCUGUGUAUUUCUAUCCUGCGGUCAUUACUAAAGUUGGUAUAACUAGAGAAGCAAGCGAUCAGUAACAUUCAUCUCUGGAGGGGCUGUCUUGCUUGGUGUUACGGUGUGUUUGACCCUAAAUUAAUUUUACACCAGAAUAGCCCUUUAAGUGGAGGACCAGGGACUGGAAUUGCUCAGAUUUUGGUGAUGCCACUGAAUGUUUUUGACUUCAUAGGCAAAAUAAGGCUCUAACAUUUACAUCUAAACUGGUCUUUUAACAUAACACAGAUGUCUGACCUGUGCUUCUGUGAUGUUGUGUGUAACUCAGGCGAUAUAGACUGAUCUGUCCCUCACUCAUGACUGAGAUUAAUGUGUCUUUGUUUCAGAUCGAUGUUUACCUCGCUAAAAGCCUUGCGGAUAAGCUCUAUCUCUUCCAGGUAUCUCUUUCCUUCAGUGACUGUUUACAUAUUCAAAUCCAGCCUCAGUCACAGUCUAACCAAAGUCUUCGUCUCUGAACACAGUACCCCGUCAGACCCUCUACUAUGACCUAUGAUGAUGUCAGCCACCUAGCUGCGAGGAUUAAACCCAAGCAACAAAGGGUAAGAUCAGCGUUUUUCUCAUAUUGUAUCAGCUGCUGUCGUAGAACAUAAUUGUAAUUUAUUUUGCUCCACCUGUGAUUACAGGUGGAGCUGGAGAUGGCCAUCAACACGAUGAGUCCAAACUACUGUCGCAGCAAAGGAGAGCAGAUUGCUCUGAAUGUGGACGGCACGGCGUAUGAUGAAACCAACACUUACACAGCGUAUGUUUAAGAAAAGAAAACUGCAUUCACAAGAAACCUGUUUGAAGGUUAUUCUGAAAUAGUCAGAAUGAGUUCAUCUGCACCCAAGACCAGCAGAAAAGACACAUGAAGUUUUCCUACUGUCAUGUCUGUGCAGUUUCUAGAACAUCUGCAAACAUGCCAUUAAAAGAUGUCCAGUGAUUCCUGAAACCUCAGCGUCACAGUGAACAGCUGUCUUACUGUCACAGCUCUCAGACUCUGUUUCUUCUCUUGUUUUUCUUCUGCAGGAAAAUGAUGGACAAGCAGACCUUUUCCUCCAUCCAGGCCACCACCAACACAUCCAGAUAUGCUGCUGCCGUGUUUCGCAAAGGUGUGAUCCGGCUCUUUAGCCUAAUUAUCAUCGAGCGUGUGGCGAGUCUAACCUGUUUCUUAUGACUACACAAAGGUCACUCCUGCAGUUUGCUCAGAGUCCAUGUGAACCUCUUAUCAGUGUCGCCUUUUUUUAUCUAAUCUAAAGUUUUAUCUCACCUCUGAAUGUGACUCGAUGACUGUCGCACAUCAGUAUGAUCAACUUCAUGAUAUAAAAACACGAGUUAUGUUGUUUCUCACUUAGACGACACCUCAGGGCCACCAAAGUGUUUUUUCCUGCCAUCCCCCAUUUCUUAAAAUUCAUCCAGCACCUGAAGUUAUUAAACUACAUGAUCUCCUGUUGCUUUCUGCCCUUUGCAUCCACUAACCUUCAGCACCUGACACUUGCACUGCAGGUGAAACGAUCUGGAAAUCUGAGUCGUGUAUUUGGACUCCUUUUUAAAAAUGUGCUGCUGAUGAAUAUUGUGAAAAGAUCUGAGACCAAACAGCAGGAGGUGGGAUGAGGACUUGUAUCUGGACUUAAGAACCAGUAACCAGAUCACAGAGUCAUCAUUACUAUAUCUCUAUCCACAGGUGAGCUUCAUGUCACCCCUCUGACCGGGAUCCUUCAGAUGAGACCCAGUUUUUCGUACCUCGACAAGGCAGACAACAAAACCAGAGAGAGGGAGGCGGCCAACGAAGGUGUGUUUACUUUUCAAAGAUGUAUUUAUUUUAAAAGACGCAGUAGUCAUCUUUUUAUUCUUGUAUGCCUAAUUAGCUGAUCAUAAAUCGUAUCCAAUCUAAUCUGGAGUUUACCAUAACGCUAUAACCAUCCAGAGAUAAAGAAGCACAGACAGCAUCUUGCAGCCUGGCACUGUUUGUCAGUAUGAUAUUUGUCAGAUAUGGUUAUAUGUGGGUGUGUCUGAUAAAGUCGAGAGUAAUUAGAUUAGAUUAGAUAGAACUGAAUUUAUCUUUUUGGGGAAAUUCCAGUAACAUCAUGUACAGAAAAGAAAAAAAGAAUAAUCAAAUAUACAAUACAUAAAAAAUAACUUUUGAUAAUUCAAGCAUUUAUUUAUAAAAAGUAAGAUUCAAAGAUUUAAUGAGUGACUAGCACAGGCAUGUAGAUGAGGUCCGAAGGUGGUGGUUCAGGAUUUGCCAGUCUAAUCCACUCACAGCAAACCUGUGAACAAAGUUUAACCACAGACUCAGUGACCCAGAGUUCAGCCCUCUGAGAGAAACACGGCAUUUUUGUCUGGGAGGGAUAAGAAAUCAGUCACUUUCAGCUCAUCCAUAGAUUGAAAUAAAUAAAAUACUUGCAGCUCUUCACAUAUAAGGAUUUGGCUGUUUUUAUGUAGAUUCACUUGAGGUUAAUGUCAGGUUAAUGUCCGAGACACUUAAAGGGUGGACUCUGGAAAAAUGAAAAUACUAAAUAAGAUACUCUUUUUUUUCCCCACCUUGCUACUUGACUACUUUUUAUCUACCAAACAGAAAAAGUUUCUAAUUAGUUACAAAUAUAAGUCAUCAAGUAACCUCAGAUCUGACAGCAGAGCUCAAUUGACUGUAUUUUAUUUUUAAAGGAAACAACAUUUCAAAGAGGAAAAUUGAACUUGUCAUAUAACUUUGAGUCUUGACUUCUUCAGGAGGAGAUUCCUCUCAGGAUGAAGCCGAGGAGGAAGUCAAGGCCAUUACGGUAAAACCUGAAGCCCACAAACUCACGAGUCUUCAGCUCGGUUUGUAAAUAUGAACCCGUCACUCACAGAUGGCUCCGUCUGUCCUCUCCAGGUGAGGUUUGCCCGUCCGGAGUCGGAGCAGGCCCGGCAGAGGAGGAUCCAGUCGUACGAGUUCCUCCAGAAGAAGCAGGCGGAGGAGCCGUGGGCUCACCUGCGCUACCACGGUGUCAGGGUACGAGAGCGCUGCUUUAUCAAACUCAAGAACAAUUUAGAGAUUGACAUUUUCUCCCCCCUGGAUUCUGGGCAGUUGAUGAUUUUGUGAUUUUGAUUUUUGAUCCAGGACAGCAGAUCGGAGCACGAGAAGCAGUACCUGUUCUGUCAGUCCGUGGACGCCUCGCAGAACACGGAACUGGUCAAAACUCCCAAGUGAGUAAUCGAGAUCUUUCCAAAGAUAAUAAUUUUCUGAGCCAGGUUUUAGUGAUCUUAGAGAAACAUUAAAGUCAGGAAGAAAAAGGCCGAUUGUGUUCACACUGUGAGAAUUUCAGGAGCUCAGUCUGAUGAUCAACCUUCCUCCGACUCUCUGUUCUGUAGGGAGUACCUGGCCAUGCUGAUGCCUCCUCUGGCGGAGGAGAAAGUGUACGUUUUCCUCUCGUUUCAGACUUGUUCUAAAAGUUGAAAAUGUCAUAAACCCAGAGAUAAAAAGUUUCUAAUGUUUUUCUUAUUUUGUUUGUUUCUUUGCUCGUCAGUGUGAAGCCGGUCGGUCCCAGUAAUGUGCUCUCCAUGGCUCAGCUCAGAACGCUGCCGCUGGGAGACCAAGUCAGGACCCUGAUGAAGAACGGUAUGUGAUCUUUUUUAAGCUGCUGAUAAUCUGAUGGUUGUUUCCUUUUUUUUCCUGUUUUUUUUCUGAUCGUGUCUCCUCUGGUUUUCAGUCAAAGUCAUGCCGUUUGCGAACCUGAUGGGCCUGCUCGCCUCCGGCACGGACUCCACCGCAGUGCUGCGCUGCAUCCAACAGGUGGCACUGCUGGUUCAGGGGAACUGGGUGGUUAAAAGGUGAGAGGAAGCAGCUUGUGACAGAUUUUAAUAAGAGCUCCUGUUUGUUUUUCUCUUAUGAACGUUUUCCACCGAGGAGCUGAGUAAUAAAGUUCCUUAUUUUCUUCCCAGUGAUGUUCUGUAUCCUAAAAACACCUGCAGUCCUCACAGCGGCGUCCCGGCUGAAGUGCUGUGUCGUGGCAGAGACUUUGUGGUGAGCUGGUCCUCUUUAUGAAACCUUAAACAGAGCAGUGUCCCAUAAUGAGUCUUUGUCUGUUUAAUUUUAAAGUCACAGUCUCUCAGUUUGUCUGUUUUUGUCGUUAGAUGUGGAGAUUCACUCUGGAGCGCUCUGUGAUGAGGAAGGAGAUCACCGCCAUCAUCAAAGUAAGAAACGAGACCUGCUUGGUGAUAGAUGGCGCCCAUUUUUAUAGAAACUAAUUUUUGCCUCAUAUUUUUAAAGUUAUGGUUGACGAAACGAUUUGGAAAAGGCGUCCCACCCCUCAAAACACAAACCUCUUCCCUCUGUGCUCCACGAUAACUCCCCCAAACCUGUAUCGCCUCCCCCACGACACACCCCCUCUGACAGAGCAAGAAACCGGCCGGCAGAAGAUCCUGCGCUAGCUUCGAAUAGGAUUCACCAUUUGAUAUCAAGAUAUCAAGACUCGAGCACAACAAGAGAAGAAGUCAGAGUUUAUAAAAUACAAGAGUUAAAACAACGAGCUAAAACGGUUAAAAAAGACGUGGUUUAAUCUUUGAUCGAGGGUUUGGAAAUGCAGAUUGGACGUGUGCAGAUGGUGUUAAAAACUAAAAGCUGAUCUCUGAAGUUCAGCAUUAGUAAAUUAAAUCACCUCACUGAUUAAGUCUGUUAUCGUCGCUCAGAUGCUGAGCCUCCUCCGUCUCUCCUCUCUCACCUUGAAGCUGCUGCUGCUCCUUUGUCAUCCGGGUAAACCCGACUCACUCCUCUUCCUCUUUUGUCUUCGCAGCUUCCUCCAGAGGACGUGAAGGAGUUCCUGGAGCAUGUUUCGGCUCCUCGGGUGAACCGGGGUUGGGAGUUCCUUCUGCCGACAGAUAAGGAGUUUGUUAAAAAGCACCCAGACGUCGCUCACAGGCAGCACAUGCUGUGGCUCGGCAUUCAGAGCAAGUAGGUCGCACCCAUAAAAGCAGAUUUACUCCAACGUUAUAGACGAGUCAUGAAAGAGACGCUAAAAGUCUUUUCUUUCGUUUAAGGCUGGAAAAAGUCUUCAACUUCUCCAAAGAGGACUUCAUGCCAAAGAAUUGUCCUCAGCCCGGUGUGUUCAGAGUUAUUUUUAAGACAGAAAUGAAAUAUCGAGCAGAAAGGGUCAAAAUGAGCUCAUGUGUUUGCUUUUUCUCAGAGCCCGUCCACGUGAGCGGGGAGCAGCGUCUCAAGGCGGCUCAGGAGCGCGCUCAAGAACACCGCGCAUCCCUUCAAAAGGACCUGGAUGCCAAACGAGCUGGAAGCGGCGCCCGCGUCAAACAGGAGCCGGCCAGGGAGGACGAACCCAUGGACACUUCCUCUUCCUCCUCUUCCAUCCCUAACGGUUCUGUCAACGGUUACCCCGGCUUCGAUCACACGAACGGUAACGGGGCCGACGCGGCGUCUCUGGAGCUGCAGGACUUUGUGAGAAAGACUUUCAGGAAGCAUUUCGUGCUGACGCUGAACGAGUUCAAGAGGCUGUUUAACCUCCACCUGGCCUCCAUGCCGGUGGGUCAGAGCAUCUUCCAGUCCAUCUCAGACCACAUGCUGCAGGAGGCCAUACUGCUCAGCCCGUGCAGACAGAUAAUGGUGCCUGUGAGUAUGAAGGAGCGACGCCAUACAGCUCAUUCUUGAUAGAUGAUGCACGGAUACCCCAGUUUCUGUCUCUGUUAUGGUUUAAUCUGAUGAUGAAACCAUCUGCAAACAACACAGAGUAAUAUUUGAAAACCAGAGUGAGAAGUGUGAGGAGUUGUAUGCACAUCUGAUAGAGAGCAUAAACUAGCUCUUGUGGUUUCUUGUUGGGGUGACCAAUCACAGAUCAGCAGAUUUUGGCGUCUGCUGUAUGGAGAGCAAAAGCAGGCAGAAACUAAUCUACGAUAAUGACUUUCCGGCUUCCAUCGCGGGGUCAAAUUCUGGUGCAUAGAUUAAGUAAGGUCUAGGAGAUAAACCGAAAAUGUACCCAUACCGAAAUUUCUUCCUUCAGUCCAUCCUUCUGCCAGCCAGCCAAGGCAGUUUCUCAAUUUGACAAUAUCUCACAUUGCAACAUUUCUUAUCCAUUGGUUGGAAGGGCGCAGGCAGAAGAAACAUCUUAUAUUACCUGCCCCUCACUCAAAGUCUAAUUGUUCUAAUAAUCUAUCACUGAGCAACAUUCAUACCACAAAACAAAACACAACAAAACAAACAGCAGAGUUUCAAAUUGACAUUUCGGUCACUGAGCGAUACUGUAGUCACACCAUGAAGUAAACAAAACAAGCACAAUAAUACAUAUAAAUCAAAGACAGCAUUUGAAGCCGACUCUUCUACAAGCAUCAUGGGUUUCUUUUGUCAUAAUUUCUAAUUUAUGACAAUAACCGACGUCAUUUUGUCCAUAUCAGUAAAUUUGGUGUCAAAAAAAUAGAUAAAUAAAAGUUUGUUUUGGAUGUGUGUAGGUAGGCUAUGGUCUCAUGUCCCUUUUAACGUGACUCCACCCCAUCCAGUCUGUAACAAAGAGGGAGAGACAGGUGAGGAGAUGGAGGACGGUUCAAAAGUUGAAGUAGACGAAGUUAACAUAGGAGGGGGUGAGCAGCUUGUGGAGUAGUUAUCAUCGAUUUAUCGUUAUCGAGGUGAACUGCUCAAUAUAUCGUGAUAUUGAUUUAAGGUCAUAUCGCCCAGCCCUAGAUUAAGCGUACUGGUGCUGGUUCUUCUGGAGCGCUCGCCUUGUUUGGUGAGUUGGUUUGGUGUUUUUCCACCUCUGCAUCCAUCUGCACUGAAUCAGCCAAUCAGCAGCCCCGUUCUGAUUAAUCAGGGCGUGUUGUAGAAGUAUGAUUUUAGAGGUGUUUCACUUAGAUCUCUGUUUAACUGGCUCCACACCUGAGGAACAAGCAGACCUCUAUGUGUCCCAUCAGGUUUUAUAAAGCCCCUGCUGUCCUGAGGUGGAGGAUGAUGAGGAGGGGGUUUCCUGUGCGACCGACUGCCUGAAUGCAAAGAUAUCAGUUUUCUCUCGCAGAAUAACGUCUUUAACGGUCGCCUCGCUCCUGAGCGCUCUGUUGUCUCCACAAGAGCCGAUUCAUCCAUGUGAUACAGGUCUGGUUCUCGGGUUCCACUCGGGUCCCUGGAGCCACCUGAUACCUGUGUUUUAGUCGGUCCUCUAUGUUUGGACUCAGGUUUAAUAUAGAGGGAUCAGACUUGUUUUUGUUGUUUAUUUCAGCCCUCCUUUUGCUCACAGUGCGGGGAGCGGCGUCUCGUCUCAUUAAGCAGAAGAUCUCCUGCCAGGCCCAGCCCUGUCCUGGUUUAGGUCUUAUCCAAUCUGCUUCUCUGACAUGAGAGGAUUUUAAUGGCUGCAGGGGGGGGGGAGUGGCUGAUGGCCGUCUUUGUUAUGCAACAGAUUAUGGCCCUCAAAAUAAAUCUCAUUAGCCAUCAGAGGGGGGCUAAUCUGGUUUGUUGUUUGUAAACUCGGGCAGAUCUGGGACCAGGUGGUACUCCUUCUGUGUUACCGUGAGCCUCAUAGUUCAGACAUUUGACUUCUUAGAGAUCAGGUUUGUGUCAGACGGUGGAGCUCUCAGUGCUGGUCCUUCAGCAGAGCUCUGACCGUUCACGUUUUCAGCACUUGGAAGAGAGAGAGAGCGGCUUUAAGGCGUUAACUGACGGUAACUGAUCUGUUUUUGCACACCUGAAAUUAGUGCUGGGCGGUAAAACGAUAACGAAAUUAAUUUCCCUCAGUAUCGAUAUAGAACAUAGUCGAUGUGCUUUUUUGAUAGUCGUCAUUAAAAAGGAGAAAAGUGCGUUAAGCUAAGGUGUUUGGUGUGUGUCCCUGUUAAAAGACACAGAUACAGAUGUCCAGUUUAGUGGUGGAUUUAUCUGACUGUGGUUCUGCAGAUGCAGAUAUAAAGCAACAAUCAGUACAGCUCACAUCAUACAUAACGUGAACAUCAAGUAGCAUGAGAUAGCAUUCGCCAUAUUCACGUAAACAAUACAUUAACACAAUAAAGCAUCCAACUUGGACAGUGAAACGUCAUAAAACUCACUUCUGUCAUUUACACACAAUAAACCCGAGAUGUGAAGGUGAAUAUCGGGUAAAAACAGGUAAGAGGAUAUUUACGAACUAUCCUCUGCUGCAUCAGGAGGAAAACUAAACUUUCGCUGCUGCAGCAUCUCAUAAAUACACAGCUGCGUUUAAUUGCAUCAGAACUAGGGCCCGACUGAUAUGAAUUUUUGGGGCUGAUCGGCUAGCGAAAAUCGGCUAGCUUUGGCGAUUAGUCUCAGAUGGGCUAAAAUUGACCGAUAUAAUCAGCUUGCCAAUAAAUCGGUCGGGCCCCAAUCGGAACGCCUAUGGUGCGUUCACCAGCAUAGGACAAAUGAAAACUCAUCGUAAAACACGAUAUAACUGAACGGUAUCGCAAAUGCAAAACGUUACAAACCCUCAGCGGCGUAUGAAGCCCACGGCGCCUGAACAGCCGGAACAGCCGACCAUUCAGUCCGAUUUCUCUCGCGCAACGCCUUACAACAAAACGUCAAAGAGACACAAAGACCUCACAGAUGCAGAUUAUCGUAUUGCAAAAGACAUGCUACCAAUAAACACUGUUAAUUUUUUUUAUUCAUAUCGUGAUACACAUCGAUAUCGCCUGAUAUGAAAAAAAUAUAUCAUGAUAAACUUUUUCCCAUAUCGCCCAGCCCUACAUAAAAUCAAGGUUCAUGAGCUCCAAGGCUUGAAAUGAGGUUUUCUACCACUUUUUUUUACCACAUGUGUAAAUGCAGAGUCAUCCACAUAUUAGGCAGCAGGUUUGUGCUUCAGGUUUACAACAUCAAAUUGUUGGUCUUACUCUGGUUCCUGAAACUGAGUUUGACUUCCUGUUAUUAAACGUCGUCUUUAUUGAAGCCAAAAUGCGUCCAAAUUAGAGACAGAGCUUUCUUUGUCCGCUGCGGUCUCUAACAUGUAAAAUAUCUGACAGUUUCUUAUAAUGUAACCUUUCAUCCGCCAUGUUUUACCUCCUCUCUGUCACGCUCGGUAUUUCCUGACUUGUUCCUGAAUCCUAACCAGAUCUCUUCCUCUACAGUUUCCCGCUCAGAGCACUGCGGCGCCUGACGAGCAGAAGGUGUUCGGUUUGUGGGAGACCGGAGAAGACUUUGACAAGGUGAGCGCUCAGACUCUUCCUGUCGCUGCACGUCACCGUCUCUUUCUACAUCUUGUAGAAAACUCAAACCACAAACCUCAACGCAGAGUUUCUCAUGAAGCCGAGACUUCAUGCAGAGUGUGGGCGAUGAUCGCUGCAGAACUUCAGAGGUGAAAAAAGUAGGACACGGCUCGUUCGGCAGAAAACAGCACAGUCAGAGUGGAGAAGCAGCGAAUGAAAACGCUGAUUUUCUUUCUUUUUUAUUCUGGUUUCAAAAAGUGAGAAGAGUGCUAGCUGGAAAUGUCAGUGUCUUUAUUUCUUUUAGGUUUCUUUUAAGAAAUUACAGGUUUGAUGAGGAGAUGCAUUCCCAGCUCAUAGUCCUCUUGAACAUUUGCAGUCCUGAAAAUUUCCAGGAAAUAUCUUGGAGCUCUGGUUUUGCAUUUCCUCACAGGAGCUUUAAAAAUAGAAGUGAAUGUAUUUUCAGGAUUUGGAAGAGCAGGAUAGGAUAGAGCAGGAAAUGAAGAAAGAGACCUUAGAUUGGAUAUAAACCCAGGCUCUCCGCUCAACACAGGAGAGAUGUUUCAACUUUGGCGUCAAACUCUAGAUGGAAAAGUCGCCGAAUGAUCUUUAAACCCGUUUUGUUUUGUUUUUCUUCUCCUCCUGCAGCAUCGUCGGCUCCUCUACGACCUUUUCACCAAGAACUACAGAGUCAGGAGGAACAUGAUUCAAGCCCGACUGGCGCAGGAGUUCGAAGACGUCCCAAAGGCAGACAUCGACCGUCUGCUCAGCGUAAGACAGACGAUGAGGCUGAACUUAAAUUCUUCUGUUUGGUUUUAAUUUCCUGUCGUUGACCUCCUCUGUCGUCUCGCUCCAGGAGUGCUGCAGCAGCCACGCGGGGAUGUGGUACCUCAAAGGGACGAUACAGUCGUGACGCUGAGCGCCUGCCCCCCAUCUGCGAUCACCGUCAGCCAAUCACAUCCUCGCCCUGGUGACCAGCGGGAGGGCAGACAGACAGACAGAAAGACAGACAGACAGAUCAGAGCCAAUCACAACCCGCCCAGCUCAGAGGACAGGUAGGCGGAUCGAGAACAAGGCAUCAGGAAGUGAAUUCAGAGCAUUUAACGUUAACGUGCGAGCGCUCUGAUGCAGCACGGAGGAUCUGAACCCGACACACACUCUCACACACACACACACAGCUGAGUGUCUGAGGGGAGAUAUGAAGAAAACAAGAUACGCUGUACAUACUCGGUUUAUCUUUAGGAUUUUGGAUUUCAUGUUUGAUUAUUUUGAAUUCAACUUUUACUCUGGAAAGCAGCUGUUGCUCAAAGUGCGAUCAGGAUAAUUUUAUUUAAGGGUUCAAAAACACCGACACUCAAGAGGAAGUGAGGAAACCUGGUUUAUUUUCAAUCUGGCUAAAGCAUGUAGAGUUAUAAAAACAUCUUUUCAUGCUUGAUACGAAUUCAAAGGGCUGCGGAGUUCAGACGAUGGUCACCGUGAACGAUAAACUAAAGGCACUUAAAGUGACUCUGCAGUAAUGAGGGGAAAUCACAGAUGUUCUGAAAUCACCCGUUUUCACCACCUGUGGACCUGGACUGCUGCAUCUGAUGUGGCUUUUCUCUUCAGUCAACUGUGAACUGAGCUGAAAACUGAAGUGAACGAGUGACGCUGAGGUUUGUUUCCGGUUGAAUGUGACGAGUUUAUCAAAGUUUUCCUUCAUGAGGCUGAAUUUGAUGAUUAGACCAGAAAAAAUCUCAGUAAUCUGGUUCAGUCGGGAUUUGAUCCACCGCUCGGAAACGCUGGACCAUCUUCCCUGGAACGACGGGGAAGUCGUUGCUAUGGAAACGCUGUUGUAUCUCCAUUCGCUGCUAUCUCGAGCCUCCAUCUAGAAGUGCCUCUGCCUCACACGGCGAUCAGGACAAACUCCCACGUGUUCACUGGCAGGAAAACGCUCAUCGAAAUCCAAACAGUCGAAUCAUGGAAAUAAAUGUCAGAUAAAGAAAUUGUGAUGUGGCACAUUAAACGACACAGCUUUUUCUUUUUUUCAUUUGUUUACUCAAUAAAUAUUGUGAAGCUGUUUGAUGUCUUCUCUCUUACUUUCACAUUCAGAAGCAGGUUUUAAAAACUUUCAGAGAACUUAGAUAUUAUUUAAAAAAACAAAAUCACCACUAAAAUAUAAAC